AUGGCAGUUUCAGCCUCCGCCGGCGCGGUGGCGUCGGACCCAAAGUCUCGCCUGCUCCGCUUCACAGGCCACCGCAACUUUCGACAGCGACUCAUCCUAUCGCUUAUCUCACAACGCCCCGUGAGAAUUGACUCUAUUCGUCCGGACUCUUCUUCGCCUGGUAUCCGAGAUUUUGAAGCCAACUUUCUGCGUCUGAUAGAGAAAAUCACCAAUGGCUCACAUGUCGAAAUCUCGUAUACUGGUACAUCGAUCCUUCUGAAACCAGGCGUGAUUGCGGGUGGAAAAGUGGUGCAUGACUGCUCACUGACACGAGGGAUCGGGUAUUGGCUCGAAUGGGUGGUGGUGCUGGCGCCGUUUGCGAAAAAGGAGAUCGCCUUGACGUUGAGGGGUGUGACCAACAUGGAUGGGGAUUUGGGCGUGGAUACUAUUCGAACGGUGACUCUGCCUCACCUCUCGCUGUUUUUGCCAUUGGAUACUGUAUCGACGCUGGCGAGCUCGUUGGAGCUGCGCAUUGCCAAACGUGGGUCUGCUCCGGGAGGAGGCGGAGAGGUCCACUUCCGGUGUCCGCUCAUCAAGCAUCUUUGCACGAUCAACUUUACCGCUCCUGGUCGAGUUAAGAAGAUUCGAGGCAUUGCAACAUGCACGCGCGUCAGCCCUCAGAUGGCCAAUCGACUCAUCGACUCGGCGCGCUCAAUCCUCGGACGUUUACAUCCGGAACCUCUACUGAUCGCCGACGUCUACCGCUCUACCGCGGUGAGGACUCGGGAAACUCUUCCCGGCUUUGCCAUCACGCUCCUCUCCACCUCCACCACCGGUGCAAUCUACAGCGCAGAAGCUGCGAGCAAACCCGAAAACCCUGGCUUACCAGAAGACCUCGCUGAAACUGCUGCCAGAAUGCUCCUCCAAGAAAUUGCCGCUAACGGUUGCAUAGAUCGAAGCCACCAACCCAUCGUGCUACUCUUGAUGGCCAUCAGUCCAGACGACGUCGCAAAGUGUACCAUGAGCGUUCUCACCCCCAACGCCAUCCAAAUGAUGCGCGAUCUGAACGACGCCUUGGGUGUCAGUUUCAAGAUCACCCCCGCACAAUCCAACGUCUCACCCAACCUUGACGAACAGCACGACCAAGACGCCAACCAUGACGAGCACCACGACCAAGACGCUAAGAACAUGCCACUCAUGUUGCAAGACUUGGCUCGUCCUAAUCUGUACACCCUCAGUUGUGUAGGUGUCAACUUUGGCGGCUUCAAGAAGGUCGGCUAG